AUGAAUACUACCGCCGACUCGUCCCGCCUCGGAGGCGUCUUUGCUACCAUUGGCCUGCUCACGGCCGUCGUCGCCGUCACAAGGGCUAUGCAAUUUGUGAGCGUCUACCUGCUGCCCUCCCGCAUAGCCCGCUAUGCCCAUGCCACCAACGGCCACCCGCCCUGGGCCCUGGUCACAGGCGCUUCCGACGGCAUCGGCCGUGGCUUUGCCGCUGAGCUCGCCAAGCAAGGCUUCAACGUUGUGCUACACGGCCGCAACCGUGCGAAGCUCACAUCUGUCAUGUCCCAGCUGCAGGAACGCCACCCUGACAGGUGCUUUCGCAUCCUCAUCGUCGACGCUAGUAAAGUAGCGUGCCUCAACUGCAUCCGCCCCGUACAAGGGCAGUCGCACAACCACGACCAAGAAGAUGGCUCCUCUGCCGCCGCGCCUCCCGCCGACUUUGACGCGCUGCGUACCGAGCUCGACGGCCUCAACCUCACCGUCCUCGUUAAUAACGCUGGCGGCGGCGCCGUCAACCCGACAUUCCUGUCUCUUGGCGAAUCCUCGGAAGCUCGCAUCACCGGCAACGUCAGCCUCAACGCCCUCUUUCCCUUGCACCUCACUCGCGCCCUGCUCCCGACGCUGCGUCAAAACUCACCAUCCCUCGUCGUCAACGUCAGCUCACUAGCCGACAACGGCCUGCCUUUGCUCGUGUCGUACUGUGCCAGCAAGCGCUUCUUGCUGACCAUGACGGAAGCUGUUGUUCGCGAGAUGAAAUUGCUCGGAAGGGGCGGCGAUGUUGAAUUACUGGGUGUUCGAGUCGGCAAGACCACCAACACGGCCUACUUCACGGAAAAGCCGUCCUUGUUCACACCAGAUUCCCAGACCAUGGCUCGUGCUGCCCUCGAAAAGGCCGGCUACGGCCACGGCGUCGUUGUAGGGUACUGGGCUCAUGCUUUGCAACAUCUUCUCAUAAAGUCCAUGCCCCUCUGGGUCAAGGACAGAGCCUUUAUUGCGGCUAUAGAAAUGGAGGCGGCAACUGAUCGCAAAAUUAUCUAG